UUAGCAAGUACAAAUAUAAUUACUCGUAGUUUUGUAUUCGGGUGCAGCGAGGGGUAAAAUUGGGUGCCUGGAACCCUGAAAAGAGGGUCUACAGAUGUACUUAGGUGUCAUUUCUUUGCCGAGAUGUGUGUAAAUUGGCCUCUGUGGGACAGCGUGUACUGACGAAACAUGGUCACGAGGGUUUAUAAGGCGGCAAAAGUGGCGCAAGGAAGUUCACAAAGUCCUGAGCAGCGACAACGACGACAUGCCGGCUAACCUUCUAUUCCCCAUAGCAGUGCUCUCUGCACUGGUGGUCCGCAUCCCCACGGAGGCGUGGUACAAGCAGGUGGCCGGCCCAAGCUACUACUCGGUGGGCAGGGCGUCCGGCUUGCUGUCCGGUAUCCGGAGGUCACCGUACGUCAGGAGAGCCGAUAUGGAGACGUCUGAAACAAAACCGCAGCGUUUCAACCUAAAGACAAUGGCCAUCUGUAUUAGAGACGUCACACCGAACCUGCAGAGUUGUGAACUCUUCCCUGGCGACAAGGCAGCACUCAAGUGCAAAGCGGACAUCUUCCUUUCUCUGGAUUUGUCAGACUGUGAAGACUACUGAGCAGCAUAAGUCAACCAUAUAUUUUUUGUGUCUUGUGUUUUUUUAUGUUUCAAUUUUGUGCUGCAGACAAAUAAAUCCUAUGGGGAAACAGGUGACCCCUGUCCUAUGUUUGAUCAAACAAGCUCAAUACAUGAGAGAAAACGUCCAAACCUCUUUCUAGUGAAAUUUUCCGAUGGUGAUUCUGAAAUAAAUGUUUUAUUUAAAAUGA